UCACAGAAAAAGUAAAGGAUGAAGUAUUUGAGAUGCCUGUCGCCAGCAGUGGUUUUGCUGCUGCUUAGUGUGACUGGACUUGACAUGGAGCAUCUCCAAGCUGAAAACCUAAAUCUCCUUUCACCAGAUGAGCAUAAAUUGGUCCUGAACCGUGGAAUGAGAGUGCUGCCCAGAGACUGCUAUGAAAUGCUGAUGGCCUCUUCAGGCCGGGCCAGAGAUGGAGUGUACCUGAUCCAACCAGGGGACUCCCCCAUUGUGGCCUACUGUGCCAUGCAGGAGGGAGGCUGGACCGUGGUGCAGCACAUUACUGUGAAUAGCAGUGUGAAUUUUGAUUGCACUUGGGCUGAAUAUAAGAAAGGCUUUGGUUUUAUCACUGGAGAUCAUUGGCUUGGGAAUGACUACCUUCAUCAGCUUACCCGUGGGCCUGCACGCUAUAAACUAGGAAUAAAACUUGUGGACCAAGAUGCCGUCACAAAGAUGGGAGAGUAUGAUCCAUUCCUGGUGGAGGAUGAAGCAUCAGCUUAUAGACUGAGACUGGGGUUGUUUGAGGGAACGACCGUAGACGCUCUGACGCUGGAUACAGAGAACUAUCUCCAUGACAACCAGAAAUUCACCACUAAAGACAGAGACAAUGAUAACUACUUCCAGAACUGUGCCAAACUGGAGUUUCAAGGGGUGCCGGGAGGAGGCUGGUGGUACGACGCCUGCGCCGGCGCCAAUCUGAAUCGCAGAAAUGUCAUCUACUGGCAAAAAGACUGCAACAAGGAGCGGCUGUGCAAGUAUGCAUGGAUGAUGGUGAGACCUUCUGACACAGUGAAACUGAUUCAGAGUGGAGACUGCAAGAAGGAUGAGCUAUAAGGACGUCAUUCCCAGGAUUUGUGCCAGAUUUGAGUUUUUGUCAUUAAACACAACAAUGGGUGAUAUCAGGGAUUUUCUUGUAGUGACUACUGGACCUUCUAUUGACCAUAUUUUAUUCAAAAAUGCAUGGACAUGAUCACAAAAUACUGAAAAGAA